GGGCGAUGACAAGUGAGAGAGCAAGAGGAGAAGGAGAGAGCAGGCUAACUCAGUGGACUGUAAAGGGAGCAAGGUUGACUGCAGUCUGUUUCUUUGUCUUAAUCCUUAAAUCUUCUAUAAUAAGGAUGAGAGGGCCAGAGCCUGACUUAGGACAGCAAAGUCUAUGUUGGGACCUGGAUGAUGAGGCAACCUAACUGGCCAGUAGGAGAAAUGGAGGGAGGGGGGAAGGCUAGAGCUGGACUCAGGUUGGGAAACUUGACCAGCAGCAACUCAGCGCCACAAGGAAGAGUGGAAGUCCAGUAUAAGACAAUGAUUUAAAGAGCAAACUCAAAACCAGAGAAACAAGAAGAGGACUAACCCAUGGCUGGAUUGAUUUAGGAUAUGGCUGCCGUGCAGCAGUCCUGACGCCCAAACGUGAUCCCAGGCACGAGGGGUUACAAUGGCUACUGCGAACCAUGAUCCUCAUCUGGGCAGCGGCCCAUCCGAGGACUCAGAGAUCCUCCUGGACGACUCUGACUCAGGGAGCGUGCUCUCUGAUGACUCAGUGCUUCCCGACUACGAAAGGGAUGACCAGAAUACAGAGCCGCCUAAAACAGUGUACGAGGCCUGCGCUAGGAAUGACCCUGAAUCCCUGCGCAGAAUCAUGACAAGAGGGAUCACGAAAGAAGAGGCCAUGGAGCUGGACAUCAACGGCAGGAACGGGCUGAUGCUGGCUGUGAACAAAGGCUUCGUAGACAUCGUCACCCUGCUGCACACAUGUCCAUUAAUAGACAUCAACCACCAAGAUAAUGAUGGAAACACUGCCCUCAUGAUCGCUGCCCAGGCCGGUUUCAUCACCAUCCUGAACUAUAUCCUUAACUACUACCCUGGGGUGGACACUGAGGUCAGGGACCCCCGUGGCUUCACAGCCCUCAUCAAGGCAGGCCUACAGGGUCGAGAAGAGUGCGUCAGCGCCUUGAUAAUGCACGGUGCAGACAUGAAUGCAAUGGACCUUGUCCAAGGGAGGGGUUUGAAGGACUGGGUCCUCAGGACAGGAAGGUGGGAGACCAUGAACAGACUGCGUCGCCUGCAAGCUCAUCCUGUUGCCGAGCAGUUCUGCGAGAGCUACGUUCCUGAGUGGCCUGACCUGACACAACUGGUAGCAAAGGCCACUGCUGCCAAAACUGCCAGCCAGAAGCUGAGGCAACGCUUAAAAGACAGCCUCUCUUUCAACUUCCCUCAAGACCCCCAAGACAAUGGGGUCAUGGACCAUAUGGUGCGGAUGACUACAAGCAUCCACAGCCCUCUGGUAGCAACUGGCUGCCGUCCGCUAUGUCCCACCAGCCCCCCAGAGAUUGGCAAGCGACGGUUCGCCGUACCUGAACUGCUCGAAAAGCACAGCAUCAAGGAGCUGGAGGAGAGCACGGUGUCUCACAGCAACGGCUCUGUCACCUCGUCUCCCGCCACACCCGUGUCGGCCACCUCUGUGUCUCUGACCUCCUGCUGCCAGGAGCGCAAGGAGAGCAUGCCACCAGGCAACGCGAGAGGCUUCAUUCCCCGCGGCAUGGCGCAGAGGAACAGCAUCUUCCCCUCAGGCUGCAUUCCCAAGAUCGAAGUGACAAAAUCUGGGGAGCCCACGCCGAAGAAAGAGAAAAAGAAGAAGAGGCAAAAGGGCUACCUGGAGCCUCCUCUCUGGAAGUACAAAGAGGCCAAGGAGGAGAGAAAGAGGGAGAAGAAGCUCAAAGAAGAAAAGGAAAAGGAGCAAGAAAAAAAAAAGUCCAAGCGUUCGUCGAGCCAAAAAUGAGUCUCUUUUCCACAGACUGUUUCACUGUGAUGAUAUCAUGUAUAAAGGAUAGCUAUGUGAUUACGCUCUUAUUAGGAAACAACAGAAUUGUGAAACUACUUGAAUUGCUUGGGGUGAACGUGAAAAAACUGCAGUGACUUGAAUUAGUUUUUUUUAGUAUUUAUGGAAAUCUGAGAGAGAUAUAUGUCUCUCUGUGGUAGGUUUUAUGAGGAUAUGACGCUAUGAUGUUUGCAAUUAAAUGCGAUGACAUUAUUUUAUUUCAACAACACUACACUUGUGUGAGGAUUUCACCAUCGAGUGCAAAGUAGCAUUACAUCAAGGGAUGUAGCUGUAGACAUAGCCGUUAGCCAAUUCUGUAUAUGAUACCGUGCGUGCGUGUGUGUGUGUGAUCAAAUGCCUUCAGGAAAUUAUUUUUUGUCAGAGUUCAUGAAAGUCUCAAACUAUGUUGUUCUUUGUCUAUUCUACAUGUUUAAAGGGACAGUCUGUCGAGGCUGUUUUGCACGUGGCCCUGUACUGAAAGUGGUUUUCUGUUACCAUUUUGAGUUUUGUCAAGCCAUGGCUCUUUUGUUUUUGUUUUUUUCAAUUUCGACUCUGUACAACACAUAUAGCAUCUGCCAGAUGCCUUUCUACUCUCCAAAUCAUUUAGCUUUGUCAUGUAAUUCAUGCGUGCUAGAUAGUGAAACAGGAACUGAGACAUAUCUGCAACAUUUUUCCCUAUAUCGGUGGUUGGGAAAAAAAUGCUCACUGGUUUGAGGGGCUAGUACUUGGAGGCCAGAACUGUUGUUUGCCAUUUUAUUUUCAUAGAAAUUAAAACGACAGAGGACCUCACAUCUUCAGAGCUACCUAUAAGAGAAACUGUUUUGCAUAAAGUGAUACUCAGGGACACAGCAUGAAGGGCAUUUUACUAUCAGGGCAACACACAUUAUGCGGAGUUCAGCUGUUAUCGGAACAUUAUAAAAUAUUCUGUUUAUAGAUCAAGUACCUCCAGCAUAUGUCUGCAUCCAUAUUCUGAUUACAACUAAAUAUAUUUAACAAUGUUAUCUAAAUAUAUAUUUAUUCAGUAUACAUUUAGAUAUUACUCUAAUAAAAAAAAUUAGAGGAUCAUUUCGGUGAGACACCGUUUCACAAAUGACACAAAUGGAAGUGUGUGUUCAUAUGCGAGUUGGAGUAAAUUCACUGACCUUUUGGAAACCUUGUCCCCUUUGUUUUCAUUCCUUUACAGAAAGAUGAAACUACAUGAAGCAAUGGUAACAUGAACUCCUGAUUUGGAAGUUGCCUUUUCAGCAGUGCAUUUACACAACAUUUUAUCUACAAUUCAGACAAAAAAACAUUUUCGUAACGUGACCAAUGAGCCUCUCGCCGGACACGUAACACCUUUCACAAUAUAGUUACUCAGAGCUUUUUAAGGACAACCAUAAUGCGCUCUCUGCAAUGGCAUCAAAUCGCUUUUGCACCCUGACUUGUAAUCGGUUAAUCCACUAAACCAGAUCCUUACAUAACAAUUAGUUUUCCUAUAAGCAGUAACAUAAAAUCAAAA